CGAGUGAUUCAAUGUAAUAGUAAAGAUGAAUAAAAUACGAUUGGAAUAAGAAACAAGCGUUCCGUAUAUUGAAUUUCGAAUGUUUAACUGACUCUCGUGUGGAAAAAUAGUAAUAAAAAUACUUCAAAGACGCUGGAUAGGAACUCGUAGUUUGACGCGUGAACGAAAAGAGACGUGUUAGUUAGUUCCAAUACUUUAAGGGCUUUGCUACUUUCCUACAGUUCUGCUUGCGCCCAAGUUGUGUAAAGAUGUCUUAAAGUUAAGGCGAAGAUAGAUCACAGCUUUUCAAAAAAAUCGGAUUGUUCAAGUGGUUAUGGUAAACUAUGGAAAGCCCUGCUAACAACAUUCUAGCCGCCCAUUCAGGAUUAUCGUUGUAUCCAAACCCCAUUAGUACUUCCGUCCCAGGUCUGCUGAGUUCGAGCCCAACACAAGAGUCUUCGUCAUCCCGGUUGUCCGGGAACAACUCGUGGGGAAGCUACACCGGUGACAGUGGAAUUGUUGCCCACAAUUCGUGUUCAAUGGCAUCUUACGGCAACCUGCCCCUAGGGGCCAGUUUUUCAAUGAACAGCAAAGCAGCUGCAUAUAAUUCUGCUUUUGGAAGCAGUUCUGACUACCUAAAUUGUAGACAAAUGGUUAAUCACAUGUCCCCCUUGAACGCUAUGCCCAUGCGCAAUUACCCCUCAAUAUAUGGUGACAUGUAUCAAGGACAUACCGCCGGUUACACUAACAGUGGAUUUUAUCCCGACAUGACCGCCGGAAUCCCGCCUUUUCCAGGCAGAGAGUUAGAUUGUCGGCAACCACCAUCAGAAUCUUCAGAAGGAGAAACAAAAGGUAGAAAGAAAAGAAAGCCGUAUACACGUUACCAAACUAUGGUUCUGGAGAACGAAUUUUUGAACAGCUCUUGUAUUACGAGACAAAAACGUUGGGAAAUAUCAUGUAAAUUACAGCUCACUGAGCGGCAAGUAAAAGUAUGGUUUCAAAACAGGCGAAUGAAAAGAAAGAAAUUAAAUGAAAGAGCAAAAAAUAGACUCAGAGAAGAGACUGAUAUUAAAGAUGUUCCCCAAUUACCACAAGCACAUAACCAACAUCCGCAGCAUUCUCUUGCUGCACACUCUCAUUCUGCGCUUGCGCAACAACACUUACAAGCCUGACGAUUGGUUAAUUAUUAGCUAGGGGGUUAUCUCAAAACAUUUGAUAUUGUCUGAGAAAUGACUUGGCAGCUGGACCAAGUUAAAGUGCUAAAAGUGACGAGGAAGUUAAUAUAAAAGGUGCUUGAAUAAACAGGCUAAAUGUUUAUAGAAAAGUUUCAGAAAAUGGUAUUUUACCUAGGUGUCUGAAAAUGGCUAUGCCAGUAGCUUCGAUCUCUUGCCGGUUUGGAAGUUUUUGCUCAGAAUAUUUAGAGCAUAAUGUCCCAUUUGGGUUGGGUUUUCACCGACCUGAACAAAUUUACAUAAUUACACGUUGUGAUUUAAAAUUCCAUGAGUUAUUUAAUAUUGUGUACAUAAUUUGUGUAUAGUUAUUGUGCACUGUGUAGAAGUAUUUAAAAGUGAGAGUUUAAGUGCUAAUGUGUUGUGUUGGGGACGUCUCAUCAUGAACUACUUUCUUUGACGGACUAUUUUUGCGUCAUUCAUUGAAUUGCCAGUGCCAUUCGACCUAAAGUUAUUGUGGUUUAUGUGAUAUUUCCCUUAUUUGCAUUGAAUCUUAAUAUAUUAGGGUUGCUUGUAAGUAAGUUCUACAGAACUUAGGAAUGGUAACGGUGUACUUCCGGUUGCGUAUACUUCCGGAUGACCGAAAUAAGCAGAAGCGCCACCACAACAUUAUUUCAACACCAACAACAACAUUAUCAGAAUAAACGGAAACAGAUUAUUUACCGUUGAUUCGAUGCAGGAACAGUAUUUUGAUUUAAUGCUGAUUUCACAAUCAGACAUUCAAUCCGACGAAUUAGAAAACGAAAACGGCAGACGAUAAAAUACAUUUGCAUCAUUACUCAUUGUGUGAAGACUUGGUUUGAGUAUUGGCCAUUUCCACGGACAUAUUGCUUCGGUGUCGUAAAGACGCUUGCGUAGCUUUGAAAUGAAAUACUAAAACAUUUCUUAGUGGUAAUACUCUUACUGGCAACAGACUUUAUUUCAGCAUAAAUAAAACAAGACAAAACAGAAAUUUGUGUUAAAUGAUAAUUAACAUAUGUAUAUUGCUUACAAACACAACACAGAAACGUAUGUGGUCAAAACCUAUAGACGUGUUUAAAUGACAUAUGGAAAAGAAAAGUUUGUUUCUUGAUUGAAGAAUAAACACUAAAGAAUUGAAAAUGAUAAGUUUUACAGGUUAUUUAAAAUCGCUUUAAAUUGUCAGUGAAAUAUGUGUAACUGGAGAUACCAGUUUAUUUUUAGAAAAUUAUAAAGAAAUCCUAGAAAAUUAGAAAUUCUUAAAUUUUAACUAAUAUUCAAAUUCGAUUUGUUCUUAAAGAAAUUCUUUUCAUCGUUCUGCUUUUUCUUUCUUUCUGUUUUCUUUUUUUUUAUUGUGAGAAAACUUGCUAUUAAGAUUACUAAUUGCGUCCGAUGAUAAAUAAACCAAGAAAAAGAAUUUUUUUUUGUUUGUUUUUUGCUUCGUCUGUUAAAAGAAACAGUUUGUAUACAUACAUGUAUAUAUUGUUAUCAUUGUUUAAAAUGUGCACUCCUAAUACUCUUUGUUAUUCACAUAUAAAUUCAGAAUCAUAUGUGACAAAUAUGUAUUUAAUACAUUUUUUACCAAAAUUUGUAAAAUUGAUUCUAAAUGCUGUGAGAUUUAUUUUUAAAAAAAAGCGUUAAUACAACCAAUGCUUUAAAUAAAGUGAUUCAGUUCAAAUUGUCAAUAUCCCAUUGAAGAAUCCGUAUGUAAAAGCGACAUUUUUUAAAAACAAUUUAAACCGAAAAAAACACACACACACAACUCCUUAGGCAUUUUAUAAAACCAGAAAUAUAUGUUUUUAUAUUCUUAAACGUGUUAAUUAACUAUUAACUGAAACCACAAUAUGGCACUUAAUUGUGACUGGCGUUUGUUCCUGACAUAGAAUUUGUAUUGACUUCUUGAAAACGGUAGUACAUCCUAAUGUGAUAUUAGUAUUGAAAGGAAUUCACCAUUUGUAUGAACCCAUGACUUUUUGAGUAUCGUACAGAGCUACCCAUACUUAAGGUAGCGGCAUAGCUUUGAAUAAAUAAAUGCUUACUGUCGAACACAAAAUAAAAAAGAAAAUUAAUUAAAAUUAAAAAGUACAUGUAUACGUCUAUAUAUUUCACACAAAAAUUACUGCUGUACAAAGUUCAUAACAGUAUUUAAGAGUUUCAGCAGUAAGUGAUCAGUAUAUGCUCUGGCUUUUGAUUUUAAAAACUCAUUUUAUUUGCAUUUGAAAUUCAGUUUUGUUGGGCAGUCGGACUGAAACUUCAUCGGUGCUUCUAAAAUCAAAUGGUGUUUAGCUUAUAACGUUUAUAGACAACAGUUAGAUUCUCUUUUAACCCUUAUCAUGCUGGACACAAUUGAUUCUGCCUUUAUAACCAGUGAAGAUCAUGAUCAGCCUGCACAUCCGUGCAGUCUGAUUAUGUUCUGCACUGUUCGCCAUUCAGUCAGUAUCUUUUUUGGUAAGCACCCCUUUUAACAGUUAAUGAUACUGUCCAAAUUGAAAGAUGGACAAGUUCAUUAUAGAAAUAUAGCAGGGUAAAGGUUAAAACUAAUCGGAGCUUUGCCGCUACCUUAAAUAUAAUUUCACGUGUUACCUCAAAUUGCGUAAUAAUUGUGACAUGGCAUUUUUGUAUUGUUUGAAUGUUUAUUGAAUAGACAAAACUAUGAUACUAUUGUUCUGAAUAAUAAAAUAGAUUUAAAAACA